GUAAGGACAAGAAGGGAAGCUGCAACCUGUCUCGUGUUGACAGUACCACCUGCCUUUUCCCUGUUGAGGAGAAAGCUGUGGAGUACUACUUCGCUUCUGAUGCUAGUGCUGUCAUUGAGCAUACCAACAGAGUGAUUUUCCUUGAAGAUGAUGAUGUAGCAGCUGUGGUCGAUGGCCGUCUUUCCAUCCACCGGAUUAAACGCACAGCAGGCGAUCACCCCGGCCGCGCCGUCCAAACCCUGCAGAUGGAACUUCAGCAAAUUAUGAAGGGUAACUUCAGCUCAUUUAUGCAGAAGGAAAUUUUUGAACAGCCGGAAUCUGUUGUUAAUACGAUGAGAGGAAGGGUCAACUUUGAUGACUACACUGUAAAUCUUGGUGGGUUGAAGGAUCACAUUAAGGAGAUUCAGAGGUGUCGUCGUUUAAUCCUUAUUGCUUGUGGGACAAGUUACCAUGCUGGAGUUGCGACCCGUCAGGUUCUGGAAGAACUGACUGAAUUACCUGUUAUGGUUGAACUAGCCAGUGACUUCUUGGACAGAAACACCCCUGUCUUCAGAGACGAUGUUUGCUUUUUCAUCAGCCAGUCAGGUGAGACAGCAGAUACCUUGAUGGGUCUUCGGUACUGCAAGGAGAGAGGAGCCUUGACUGUAGGAAUAACUAACACAGUUGGCAGCUCUAUAUCCCGAGAGACAGAUUGUGGGGUCCAUAUCAAUGCAGGACCAGAGAUCGGGGUGGCCAGUACCAAGGCCUACACCAGCCAGUUUGUCUCUUUGGUGAUGUUUGCUCUGAUGAUGUGCGAUGACAGAAUUUCUAUGCAGGAAAGGCGCAAGGAAAUCAUGCGUGGUCUGAAGGGACUGCCAGACUUAAUUAAAGAAGUGCUGAGCAUGGAUGAUGAGAUCCAGAAGCUAGCCACAGAGCUAUACCAUCAGAAGUCUGUUCUCAUCAUGGGACGUGGCUACCAUUAUGCUACAUGUCUUGAGGGAGCUUUGAAAAUUAAAGAAAUUACCUACAUGCACUCCGAAGGGAUAUUGGCAGGUGAGCUGAAGCACGGCCCUCUCGCGCUGGUGGACAAACUCAUGCCCGUCAUCAUGAUCAUCAUGAGAGACCAUACCUAUGCCAAGUGCCAGAACGCUCUCCAGCAGGUCAUUGCACGGCAAGGGAGACCUGUCGUGAUUUGUGAUAAGGAAGACAUCGAGACAAUUAAGAACAAUAAAAGAACAAUCAAAGUUCCCCAUUCGGUGGACUGUCUGCAGGGGAUCCUGAGCGUUAUCCCCCUUCAGCUUCUGGCUUUCCAUCUUGCAGUUCUCAGAGGAUACGACGUUGAUUUUCCAAGAAAUCUGGCCAAGUCCGUAACUGUAGAGUGAAAGAUCAUCUGAAUCAUAGGGGCAAAGGGGAAUUAAAUGAAAGACUUUUUUUGGUACCAAAAUACCUUGAUUUUAAAGUCCCCUAGGUAAAUCUUAUUUUGGUAAACAUUUUUUGUGUAUAAGAUCACUGUAAUUCCAUUACACUAGUGAUUGUCAAAUUGAUUCCACAUGCUAUGUCAAUAGCUUUGGGUUUUUUCGAACAAUAGACUUCCAUGAAAGAUGUUAAAAGGUUUUCUUUAAAGAUUA